AUGUUGCGCAAGUUAUAUGAUGAAGAAGACAUUAAGGAGGAAGAGGAAAUUGAAGAAGAGGAGGAAGAAGAUUUUGGUCCCUUCUACGACACCGAUGGUGAAGGGGAAUUUGUUGAAAGAGUCAAUUUAGUGACUGGAGAAGAAACUGUUGAACACUCUAACCCUUUCUAUGCCACUGAUGAGGAAGAGGAUCAUGAAGAAAUUGAAGAAGAAAUAAAUUUUGUGCUUGGAAACGAAAUUGUUGAAACGUUUUUGAAAGAAAACGAUUUUGUUGUUACAAACAAAAUUGGUGAAGAAAAGGUUGAAGAAUCUGAAGAGGUGGAGCAGGUUCUUGACCAUGAAAAUGUGGUUGUGGUUAAGAAGGAUGAUACCUAUCUUAUAACAAACUCUCUUUCUAAGAGCCUAGAAGAAGGAGUAACCCAUCAAGUUCCAAGUUCUAAGGAGUUACGAGGGAGGGAGUUGAUAAUGCUUGGAUUCCUAUUCUUUUGGUGUACCUUUAGUUGGGAAGCCAUGUUAUUGGAACAUGUUGUUUAUCAACCCAUAUGUAUAAACCAUGAUCCAUUAUUUCAUAUGACCAUUGUCAAUCCUUUAAAUUAUUACAAGGGUAAUUUACUAGGUCCUAAUCUUGUUCAUGGGAGUGUACAAAAGUGGUUUUGA